AUGACGCAGGCCACCAAACCCCAAGAUCCUGAACCAAAGCAGAAACCAACACCCAGUCGUCGCUGGGUGAACUCGCCAAACUGGCGAGUAAAGCGCCUGGAAAAUCCAGGACCAGACACUGUCGAUGAUGGACCUACGGAGCGAGAGCCGGAUUUCAAUCGCGGCCCAAUGACGCACCGGGGAAACCAUUCCCAAAAUCGGAACUGGAACAAUAACAAUAAUCGGACUCAUAAUCAUAAUAAUAGCAUCAAUAAUGGCCGUGAAGGGUCAAAGCCGUCCACACCUGUCAAGUCUCCUCGUAGAGACCAUGGCAAUACCGAUUCCCCAACCAUGAACUCCUUUUCCGAGGGCAGGAGACUGUAUGUAGGCAAUAUGCCGUACAUGGCGAAGAAGAAAGAUGUAGAAGCUCUUUUCACUGAAGGCGAGACGGUUUACAAUGUCGAGCGCGUCGACAUAUCAAUCGAUCCCUUCACCGGGCGAAACCCUUCAUACUGCUUCGUGGAGCUGGAAUCAAAGGCGCAAGCUGACUUAGCUAUGGCGGAACUGAACGGGAAAGACAUGCUGGGCCGCCCUGUGACAAUCAAGCCAGGUAUCCCGAAGUCGUCCAAGGAGCCACUUUUUGGACGAAGGGACCAGACCAAGAUGACCCCAGAGAAGCAGCCGCCCAGAUUCGCCUUUGAACGGUGGGAGCGGUCCGAUGCCGCAAGCCACUGGUAUGAUUAUAGCGCGCAGGGUCGCCGGCUGUUCGUUGGCGGCCUGCCCAGAAUGCCUGACCAGCCGACGGCCGAUUAUGAGAUACGGAAAUUGUUUUACGGGUUCAAUGUCGAGGCAAUCAGCAAAGUCAUCUCCCCGCACCCCUCCAAACGCUCCCAGCCAGGAAACCAUUACUACCUCUUCGUCGACCUCGCCUCCUCCAACGAAGCCGAGCGUGCUAUCGACGCCCUUAGCGGCGUCAGCGCCGUCUGGGGUAGCCGCGUCCACAUCCACAAGGCCCGCGGUAACUCGCACAAACCCGCUGAGCGGGACCGCUGGGAGGAGAAGCGCAGGAAGGGGGAUCAGCGGGAGGCGGAUGGAGAUGGCAAUGGCGAGGACAGUGGUGAUGGGGGAGACGUCCAUGGCACUGGCAAUGGCGAUGGUGCUGCUGAAUCUGCGCCCCAACCAACGCGGUCACGGUGGGGUCCCCCCGCUGGGUUUGAAGAUGAGGCUGCGGUGUCUGCGACUCGGAUUGCGCGUGCGGAGUCACCUCCAUAG